AUGGCAGACGCCUUCCACUCAGCAAGGCUCACUUACCGUGCCAUUGAAGAAAACGAGGAAGACACGUCCUUCAUCCACUCACUUCGUCUUGACUCUGCUCUUCGCGCAAACAGUGAGACUAUGAUAUUCAAGCCAGUAAACAAAGCUUCGAGUGCAAAGGCUGCCGCACACUACCGCGAUAAAAAUCUUAUUAGUGUCUUGAUAUGCCUCCAGGUUACAUCCGCGAAGGAGGGAGCAGAAGUCUCAAUACCAGCGACAAAACCAAUCGGAUUGAUCAACUUGCAUCCCGGGUUUGAACAAGGCCGGGAGCAGCACCGCAACGCUGAUAUAGGCGUCAAGAUUGCGGCCGACUACCAGCGUAAGGGAUACGGGGGUGAAGCUAUCAAAUGGAUACUCGGUUGGGCUUUUAAAUAUGGGGGCUUGCACCGUGUGGGAAUCAGCUGCGCUUCCCAUAAUCCUGGUGCGCGACGAUUAUAUGAAAGCUUAGGUUUUGAGUACGAGGGUGCGAAGAGGGAGUCUUUUUGGUAUGAUGGCGCGUGGCGUGAUGAGCUUAUUUUGUCGAUGCUGGAGAAUGAAUGGCGUAAGAUAGUUCAAGAGGAAAAGUCUUGA